AUGACCAUCCCGGUAAUUGACGCCGCCGCCCUUACAGGGGGGGACGAGCAGCAACUCGCCGUGUUCAGGGCAAAGCUACUGGACGGGUUGAAGACAUACGGCUUCGUCAAGCUUAUCAACCACACGGUCCCGGUUCCACUUGUGGCCGAGACAUUCGAUCAGAGGGGAUGGUGCACGCCGGGAGAGGAGAAGACAUGGUACUUGGAGAGUAACACCGGGGCGAUCAAGGAGCCCAAGUUCAGUGAUAGCAAGGAGAGCUUUGACUGUGGGCACCCCAACGAUAAGCUGUUUCCGAACAAGUGGCCGUCCGCCGAGGCCCUGCCUGGCUAUCAAGACACCAUGGAGCGGUUCUUCAUGUCCUGCGGAGAUCUUACCCUUGUUCUGCUGACCCUGAUUGCGGAAGAGAUGCAGUAUAACCGCGACUUGUUCACAUCGCGCUGCACCAACGAGGCGAGUACGAUUCGCAUUAACCACUUCCCAGUGGUCGACAAGGCCGUGCUCGAUCGUGGCGAUGUCAGCCGGAUCUGGCCCCAUAACGACUUUGGUAUCAUCUCGCUGGUGUUUCCCGACGUGACACCGGGGCUGGAAUAUGAGGACCGAGCCAACCCAGGAACUUUUAUCCCCAUGCCUUAUGAAUCGGACCAGGAGGUUGUCGUCAUUGUGGGCGAGACGCUGCAGCGCUGGACAAAUGGGGGCAUUCGUGCGGGGCUUCACCGUGUCAACCGACCGUUGGAUGUGCAAGGGGACCUGGUCCCCGAACGCUGGAGCCUCGUGUAUUUCAACAAGGCUGAUCGACACGCCAGCGUGGGCCCACUUGACGAGAUGCUCGCCAACGGAGCGAAACCCGUUUAUGAGCAUCUUACCGCCCUCGAGUACCAGGGCCUCCGCAAUGCUACCCAUUACCCCAAAGAGGCAGCUCUGGAGCAGGUUAUUGCCACGGCGUAA